AUGAAACAUCCUGUCACUUUGUAUGCAAUGCCAUGGUACCAUGGCAAGAUCUCCCGAAUGGAGGCAGAGCAACUGCUGAGCUCAAGAAAGGAUGGCUUGUAUCUUGUUCGAGAUAGUAAAGUUUAUGUUGGUGAUUAUACAUUGUGCGUGUGUUUCAGCAACAAAGUGGAACAUUACCACAUUUCCUAUUCAAACAACCAGCUAUCAAUAGAUAAUGAGGUGUUCUUUAAAAACUUGGAAGAGCUUGUUCAGCACUAUACAAAUGAUGCUGAUGGUUUGGUAUCAAGUCUAAAAAUACCAGUUACAAAACAAGGUGGCAAGUUUGGCACAGUCAGUAUGCAUGACUUCAGGCAUGGAGGUUGGCUUAUAAGUCUUCAUGACUUGGAACUAGGAGUACUUAUUGGGGAAGGAAACUUUGGAGAUGUUUACGAAGGUGUGUAUAAUGAUCAGAAAGUUGCAGCCAAACAGCUAAAAGAUAAAGAAAGAGGUGAACAGGCCUUCUUACUGGAAGCAGCUGUUAUGACCUCGUUGAACCAUCACAAUGUGGUUCAAAUAUUAGGCAUUACUGAAGGCACAAUUAUCCUAGUUACAGAGUUCAUGGAGAAAGGAAAUCUUCUGGAAUACCUACAGACUAGAGGACGUUCAGCUAUCACAGCCAGCGAUCAAAUACAUUUUGCUUCGGAUGUCUGUGCAGCCAUGGAGUAUUUAAACAACAAGGGUCUGAUACAUCGAGAUUUGGCAGCCAGGAAUAUUUUAGUAAACAGCAAGGGCACCGCAAAGGUGUCAGAUUUUGGCUUAGCUCAGUUUUGUGGCUUAAGUUUAACAAGUAGACAAUUUCCAGUCAAGUGGACUGCACCAGAAGCUCUCAGAGACAAUACUUUUAAUACUAAAACAGACAUGUGGAGCUUUGGUAUUUUAUUAUGGGAAAUCUAUUCAUUUGGUAGAGUGCCUUACCCAAGAAUUCACCAAACAGAUGUUAUCAAACAUAUUGAGGGAGGAUAUCGAAUGGAAGCACCUGAGGGAUGCCCGCCAGAGAUAUACAGUAUCAUGACAGAUGCUUGGAAGUUGAAACCUGCUGACAGACCCACUUUCAGUCAAGUUUUAUCAGAAUUGAAUAGUAUGCGUUCUGUGCUUGUGUAA